CUCUUCUCCAAAUUCAAGCUCAGUUUCUAAUGCUAUCGCGAAACAUACUACAUAAGGGCAUCCGGCCUGUUCGGCGGGCCUGGGUUGCGACGCUCUACCAUGGACAGCUCAUGGCCCGUAUCCAGCACCGCGACAUCCAUGUUGAGCAAGUCUCGCCCGACGAGACUACGGGUGCAGCAAAGUACCGCGCCGGCCUGUUUAUCGACAAGGUGUUUCCGCUCAAGAUGUCGUCAUUUGAUAUCCGGCCAUACAUUAUGUCACGCAACAUUGACACCAUGCGGCAGAAGGUCUUGGCGCUGCUUCCUGAGGGACUGCCCAACAGCUUUGCUGUGGACAUGGUUGAGCCGCACCAGCGCGACGGUGGCAGCAUCGUGUAUUUUACAAUCACUGGUCCGACCACCGGCCAAGAGGCGCAAAAGGCUGCGCAGGACCUAGUGGACACUAUCAAUGCCCACGUGCAGGCAACAUCGGGCAGCAAGUGGUAUACGUUUGAACCAGCACGGGUCUUUUCGGUGAUGGGGACUCCAUUCAACGAGGACAUUGUGCGUUUGCUGCCGUCGAAGAAGGUCAAGGUCGAGUUCUCUGGCAAGGACUUGUCUGUAGAAGAUCUGUUUAGAGAAUUCAGGCCGUUUGGACGGAUUCUGGACAUUGAGCAGCAGCCGUCGUCAAACAAGGACACGCCGCGCUGGGCCAAUGUGCACUUCCAGCGUCUGCGGUCUGCCACCAGCGCGCGCAAUUGCGUCCACGGAGAUACAGUGGGCGAUACCAAGCUGUUGCUGUCGUACAUACAGAUGCACCACGAAAAUGUCAUUCUGCAAUGGCUCAAAUCGCACUCAAAGUUCACCAUCCCGUUGGCAGCAGCGGCACUGAUAGCAGCCAUCUACGCUGUGUUUGACCCGAUCCGCGAGUUCUUUGUCGAGAACAAGAUCACCAGGCGCUUUGACAUCUCUCGCCUGCCGAUUAUCGGCAAGCUGCGCAAGGACUUCAGCCUGUGGGACAUGCUGAGGCGCGAUACGUCGACAGGUGAGCGCGUGUCGAUGUGGUCGGCACGCGUCGAGCAGGAGGAGAGGCUGGUCUCGAUGUUGAACGAGCCGCCUGAGAAUUUUGUUGUGGUCUCUGGCCCCCACGGCUCUGGCAAGACACUGCUGGUGCGCAAUGCCACGCGCAACAAAAAGUACCGGAUCACUAUUGACGCGGCCAAGCUGUCGUCGGUGCAUACUGAGAUCGAGCAGAUGGCGUUGCUGGCCAAGCAGCUCGGGUACUGGCCGAUCUUCAGCGCAAUCAUCAGCAUUACCAACAUGAUUGAUCUGAUGGUAGCGGCUACUACGGGAUCCAAGGCUGGUAUCUCGGCAACGCCCGAGUCGCAGACGCGCAAGGUUCUUGAUUGUCUAGCACUGGUGCUGACCAAGAUCCGCCAAACGAUCUACUGCCGCCCGAGGACAUUCCCCAUCAUCAUCCUGGAGAACGUCAAGGACAAGGACCUGAUGGUCGACGGCGCGAGCAUGGUUGAGUCGGGACUGGCCCAUGUCAUCGCAACCACCCAUUCGAUCGGCGGGUACCGUGAUAUCCAGCGUGCCCAGCCGCAGCGGGCUGUCAGCCUGCUGUCGCUGGACGAUGCAUCGCCAAUGAACGCCCUGCUGAUGCUGCAGAAGCAGCUGGAUGCCGUAUCGAGUGAGAAGCUGGAGGCGGCCGUCGGUAUCCUGGGCGGGCGACUAGAAGACCUUGAGGUGUUUGUGCAGAAGGUCAAGGCGGGUGAGAGCGUCGACGGGUCGCUGGAGGACAUCAUCCAGCGCUCCAUCACCGAAAUCCGCAAGUACGCAUUCUCGGGCGAUGCCGAGGUGGGCCAGUACGAGCACACGUGGUCGCCGGAGCAGUUCUGGUACCUGCUGACUGAGCUGGCUCGCGACGGCAGCGUCAGCUACGACCGCAUCCGCAAUUCGACGCUGUUUGUCGAUAAGGACAAUGCGCUGCUUGGCCUGGAAGAGGCCCAGCUCAUCAGCAUGCAGUACGAGAACGACCGUCCGUCGAGGAUUAAGCCCGGGCGCCCUAUCUUCCAGGCAGCGUUCCAGCGCAUUCUGGAUGAUCCAGGAUUUGCCUCGUCCAUGUCGGUGAAGAUGAACAAGAAGUUCAUCGAGCUCGAGACUGCCAAAAUCCGAAAGGCCCAGGAGGAGCUUUCGCUAAUGAACGUGUUUAGCGCCAGUGUGGAUUCGCACAAGGCGCUGAUGUCCGGCUUGGCAAUGAUCUCAGCCAUGGGCGGGGGUGGGGGCCGGAGCUCGUCGUGGUCCGGCAGAGAUCGCACCAAGCACGGCGAUGAAGUCACCAUCACGCAAGAGGCGGAGAUGUUCUUUGCCGAUGCUCUUAGAGUGAGCAACAGCAACAGCCCUGUGAUCCGGCAGCUGCAGCUGCAGGCCGAGGCGGCCGAGAGCGAGAAGGAGUCUGCGUCUGGUCGAUCAAGGUCGUGGCUCGGGUGGGUGUUUGGCCGGCCCAGCCAGCCCAAGCAGGAUCCAAAGCGUGAACCGCAUGCUAGGACAGCCCCACCUCCACAGUCGCCGCCCACCAUCAUACCUGGCAUUCCAUGUGAGCUCCAAGGCCGCGUGCAGUUCCUGCUCAAGACCAUUCGCGAUAGCCAGGACAAAAUCAGCGUCUGGCAGGCGGAGAAUGCAGUGCAGGCGAAGAUUCUUAGUGGCCUGUAGUGUCUUGUUCGGUAUACCCAGUAUGGAAUCAACAGUUUACAUCACCAUCUUGCAUACAAGGUUGCCAUCAAGGGCCACUGGCCGAGCCAGUCUAUUUUUGGCGGCUACGAGC